CUACUGGUACUCCUCCAUUAGGAGUGAAACAAUACUGCUGUACUGCAAUAAAUGAUCAAUUGUAUUAUUUUGGGGGAUGGUGUGGCCAUGACAGCUGCUUUCACAACAGUAUUACACAACUGGAUACCAUUAGUUUUCAAUGGAGAGAAUUAGAACCAACUGAUGCAACUAGACCAGUAAUGAUGAGAGCUGUUAGUGGAAUGGUAUCAUUUGAACAUGAUGGAGUACAUCAUUUACUAAUGAUAGGAGGAAUGGGAUCAACACCAGCUGUACAACUACCUCAUUAUAAAUAUAAUAAGUUUUCUAGUGGAAAGUGGCGAACUAAUGAGCAUUCAAUGUAUAAUCUAUCAUCAAGAAUAUGGAAUAAUCCUUCAAUCAUUGGGCAGUGUAUACCACCUGCUAACGAUUUCAUCAUUGAAAAGAUCAGCAACACUAGAGCUGUUCUGUUUGGUGGAGUAGAGACUGAUGAUGAUGAUAAGGAUGCCUUUACUAACAAAAUUUAUAUAUUAGAGACCUCAAUCAGCACUGUGUUCUGGCAGUGUAUAAAGAAACCUGAAGCAAUAGACCAAUGGCCUGUGGGUAGAUACUAUCAUGCAGGUGCUAUUAUUAGAACUGGAUCAGACUGUCCUAUGCUAGUGAUAAGUGGUGGGUUGGAUAAGAAUGGUGAUACAUUGGAUGAUUGUUGGGUCUUUAACAUCACUCAACAUUCCUGGAUAAAGUUAGAUGUACCUCACUUUGUUUGUAAGAGAUGGGCUCAUUCUCUCUCAGUGUUCAUUAUGAGUCCUCAUUGUGUCUGGAUAAUAACUGAUGGAGGAGUUGUUGAUAUAAGACGGACAUUUGUCGCUAAUCCUAACAUUGUUAUGUUAACUGAACUAGUUACUAACAGUACAGGAGAGUGGACAGUAGGUGAUACAUUAGAUACCAAUGAUAUGAAUAAUAAAGAAUACAAGAAGAAGUAUCAGCAGCAACUACAGAAAGGAAGAAGAAUAUGGUUGGAGGAGUACCAGAAACCAAGAAAAGGAGAUACAGCUGAUAUUGAGCAAACCAUACAAGCUCUUAUGAAGAGUCUUGAAGAGAAGGAGAGAGAAGCACAAGUUUUUUGUCAACAGAAGGAAAGAGAAGAAGCAGAGAAAGAUCAAGAAAUAAGAAGGUGUCAUUAUCAGCUACAAGAGAAGGAUAGGGAGCUACGUCAGUCUCAAGAGGCAGUUUGUAGGUACCAGCAACAAGCACUUACUGAUGAUCACUGGGUUAUUAAUAAAGAUGAGGUAAUUUUGACAAAGGAGGAGUUAGGAAGAGGGUCAUAUGGUCUUGUUACAGUUGGUACCUUUAGGGGUUUAAGAGUAGCUGUUAAGUCACUUCAUACUCUAAUCAUCUCAGAUUACAAUCAAGGUAUCUUCUCCAGGGAAAUGAGUAUAGCAUCACGAGUACGUCAUCCUAACCUGGUCCAGUUUAUUGGUGCAACUAAAGUGGGUAAUCCUCUCAUCUUGACUGAGCUGAUGAGCACUAGUCUUAAUCAGGAGCUUCGCAGAAACCAAUUAACCAAUCAACAGAUUCUCAGCUUUGCUCAAGAUGUAGCUUUAGGCCUCAACUACCUUCACCUUUUUAAGCCUCAGCCUAUUAUUCACAGAGAUGUCAGCAGUCCUAAUGUGUUAUUAAAGCCCUGCACUGGACCUUUAUUCUUAUUUUUGUUUGCUUUCGACUUUGAUUUCUUUGUUUUUCAUAACAUUUAA